AUGUCUCUAUUCGGCUCCGCACCUUCUUCUGCUCCCACCACCUCCGAGGAUAUCAAGUCCGCCGUAGUGCAGCAGCUCCAGCAGGAGGCCGCUGUGAACAAUGCCCGAGCCCUGAUCACUAAAAUCAACGAGAACUGCUUCAAAUCAUGUGUUCCAACUCCUGGAUCAUCCCUGUCUUCCGGAGAGACCACCUGCCUGUCUAACUGCAUGGAGAAGUACAUCGCCAUGUGGAACAUUACCAGUCGCACUUAUAUUUCUCGUGUCGGCGUGGAGAGCAAGCGUAUGGGAGCUGAUGCUUCUGCCAUUGCCACGCUGGGAUCUGGCCUGUAA